UAACAUUGAGCUAUUGGCUCAUUACUUAAUAAAUGUUAAUCUAUGAUUACGACUAAUAUAUUUGAAUUGUGUGUGGCUAGUGUUUACUAAAACUGAAUGCUGAAUUAAAAGUGUGUUAAAUCUGCAAUGUUUGGCGACAUAGAAAAUGUCUUCUUUUGAAAAAUUAAAGCUUUUAAUUUGGAAAAAUUUUCUUUUGCAAAGAAGGCACAAGUGGCAAACACUCUUUGAAAUAGCAUCUCCUGUGAUAUUUUCUUUAUUUUUAAUAUUAAUAAGAUGUCUCGUCGAUCCACAAUCCAAGCCAGAUGUUUCAUACUCACCUUUUCUCCCAACAUAUUUCAAUAUCAGUGGAAGACAGCUAGGAAAUCUCACAUCAGCAAAACGAGAGGGAACAAUAGCAUUUUCUCCAGAAAAUCCACUUACAAGGAAAGUGACAGAGGAUGCCAUGGCCAUGGUAGCUUUAGAUAAUCUGAAUGGAUUCAUUGCACUAUUCUUUGACACUAAAAUGCUUCCUCAACCUAAGGGGUACAAUGAUUCAUUAGCACUGGAAGCUGCACUCACACAACCAAAUGUUAUGAAUCACAUCCUUGUUGGCAUUCAAUUUGAUGAUAGUAUGACUAAUGCUACCGAGUGGCCAGAUGAUAUAAAAGUGACAUUAAGAUUUCCAGCGGUCAUGAGAACUCCAAUGUUAGAACAUCCCCUACGAAUAAGUUGGAGAACAAAUUUGCUUUUUCCUUUGUUCCCUCAACCUGGCCCUCGUGAGCCGGAUGACAUGUAUGGAGGCAAAAUGCCAGGCUAUUCUCCGGAAAUGUUUCUCGCUGUCCAACAUGCUGUGUCCCAAGAGAUUAUAAAGCAAAAAACAGGCAAACCCAUCAAUACGAAAAUAUAUCUCCAGCGUCUACCUCAACUGUCGUACAGACGAGACGAUUUACUUGUUGCUAUGGAGAGAUUUAUAUCGAUGAUAAUAAUGAUGUGUUUCGCUUACACCUUCGUGAAUACCGUACGAGUUGUCACCGCUGAAAAGGAAAUGCAAUUAAAAGAAACUAUGACAAUAAUGGGACUACCAUCGUGGCUACAUUGGCUGGCUUGGUUCAUUAAGCAGUUCUCGUUUCUUCUUAUAUCCGUAACACUCAUGGUGAUACUAUUUAAGAUUCCUUUCAACUCGACGGAAGACGGGGAAGGAUAUGCUGUGCUGACUUUCACGCCAUGGUCCGUUUUAUUUUUCUUUUUAACGCUCUUCGUCAUAGCAUCGCUGUCUUUCUGUUUCAUGGUCAGCGUGUUCUUCACUAGAGCAAAUACUGCAGCGUCAUUCAUGGGCCUCGCGUGGUUCUCGACGUACGCUGCGUUUAUGCUGACUCAAAUGCUAUACGAGGACAUCAGUCUAACAACUAAAUUGUUGCUCAGCUUGAUAUCGAACACGGCCGUGGGGUACGCUCUGCAAAUGCUUAUCAUUUGCGAAGGUACAUCUAGAGGUUUACAAUGGAACGAAUUUUUUACCCCAGUGUCCUAUCAUGACCAAUUUCAACCGGGUCAUGUAGCUUUAAUGCUAAUUUUAGAUUCCAUAUUAUACAUGCUAGUUGCUAUGUACGUGGAAAAAAUACGUCCAGGAUUGUACGGCGUACCUUUGCCUUGGUACUUUCCUUUUACGAAAAGUUUUUGGUGCCCCAACAGCAAGAAAGUUGCAGCUUUAACCAAUAAAGACGGCGUUGAUCAAGAAUAUAAAAAUGCUUUGCUGAAGGUCAUACACGAUGAAGAACCUAAAGGGGUGCCCAUGGGCAUCAAUAUUGAAAAUCUCACCAAAGUUUAUCGAGGUCGCAAGAGAGCCGUUGAUAAUUUAAAUCUUAGGAUGUACGAAAACGAAAUAACAGUGUUACUGGGUCACAACGGUGCCGGGAAAACGACUACGAUAUCUAUGCUGACGGGUAUGGUACCGCCAUCGUCCGGAUCAGCUACUAUAAACGGGUACGACAUAGUUUCUGAGACGGAACAAGCUCGCAAGUCAAUAGGCAUCUGUCCUCAACACAACGUCUUAUUUCCCGAUCUCACGGUCGCCGAACACAUAAUCUUCUAUUCGAGAUUAAAAGGUGUCCACAAAUCAAAGAUUAACGAGGAAGUCGAUCAUUUCGUUAAACUGCUUGAGUUGGAAGAAAAGCGGGACGUGAUCUCGAAGCACCUGUCGGGCGGGCAGAAGCGGCGGCUGUCGGUGGGCGCGGCCAUGUGCGGCGCGUCGCGCGUGGUGCUGCUGGACGAGCCCACGUCGGGCCUCGACCCCGCCGCGCGCCGCUCGCUGUGGGACUUGCUGCAGAAGGAAAAGAAAGGUCGGACAAUGAUACUCACAACCCACUUUAUGGAUGAAGCAGACGUGCUAGGAGAUCGAAUAGCGAUAAUGUCAGGAGGCCGACUGCAGUGUGUCGGGACUCCAUAUUUUUUAAAGAAACACUACGGUAUUGGUUACAAAAUGACCAUUGUCAAAUCGGACCACUGCGUUGUAGAGGACGUCACUCGAUUCUUCAAAUCCUACGUUCCGGAUGUUAAAGAGAACACUAACAUUGGCUCGGAACUGACUUACAUCUUGCCAAAUGACCAAGUCAGUAAAUUCCCAGAUAUGCUUAAAAAAUUCGAAGAGGAAAAGGAAAACCUGAAAGUAGCGAGUUACGGUUUAUCCGUAACGAGUCUAGAAGAGGUAUUUAUGAAAGCUGGCGCAGAAGACAAUGGUAUGACUUCUACGAAGAAACACAUAUACAACAAUUCAUACAGCGACGCUGCCGUAGUCCCUGUGGAUAUGCCCCGCAACAUACUGGACAACGAGCCCAUACAAAAAGUGCGAGGCUGGAAAUUACAGAAAAACCACAUAAAAGCAAUGUUCCUAAAGCUAGCAUACAACACGAUAAGAAAUAAACUCGGCGCGUUCAUACAAAUAAUAACACCGAUCAUAAAUAUAUCGAUAUCGGUGUGGAUCGCUAGAUCCUGGAAGUUUAUGUCACAUUUACCACCCCUGGAACUAAGUCUAGAGAGCGGCUUUAGAAAGACGCAAACCCUCCUAGCCGAGGGGGCGAAUUUAACCGAAAACAGCAUAGAAAGAAAAGCGAUGAUGGCGUUCAAGGACUACUUCAAAACUUCGCCGGACCCGACGAUGACGUUGACGGACAUAGGGAGAUCGGACCUAGCUAAGUUUUACUUAAAAUUGAGCGCGGCCGAGCUGCCGCGCGUGCGCUACGAGGCGCUGGCGGGCGCCACGUUCGCGCCGCAGCGCGUCACGGCGUGGUUCAGCAACUACGGCUACCACGACUCCGCCAUCUCGCUGGCGCUGGCCAACAACGCGCUGCUGGGCGCGCUGGCGCCGGGCGCCUCGCUGCGCGUCGUCAACCAUCCGCUGCCCUACUCCAUCGAGAACCUGGUUAAAGUAAUGGCGAGCGGUAGCAGUAUGGGCUUUCAAUUCGCAUUCAAUAUUGGAUUCUGUAUGGCGUUUGUUACAUCCUUUCUCGUACUCUUUGUUAUUAAGGAGCGCACAAGCGGCGCGAAGCUCUUGCAACGCGUGUCGGGAAUUCGUCCAGCGGUGCUUUGGACCACAGCGCUUAUAUGGGACUGGCUUUGGCUGUUACUGGUGUUCUUUGCAAUCAUCUCUACACUUGCCUUUUUUCAAGAGAACACAUUGGCCACGCCUGAGGAAUUGGGAAGAGUUCUUCUAGUGCUGAUUAUUUUCGCUUUCGCAAUGAUACCUUUACACUAUUUGGCUUCUUUCUAUUUCGAAGCUGCCGCUACUGGGUUCUCGAAGAUGUGCUUCAUAAAUAUAUUUUCUGGUUGCAUGCCGUUUUUAAUAACAGAAGUUCUCAGAUUACCCGAAGUUGGCAAUCCCUAUUAUGCACACAUCUUUGACUGGGUGUUUUCGCCAUUACCCAUCUACUGUAUCAGCAGAAGUUUUAGGGACAUGAGCGUGUCUGCGUUCUCGCUGCUGGCGUGCGACGCGCUGUGUGCGCAGUUCGAGAACAUCGACAACUGUACUCGGCACACCGUCUGCAAUAAGCUCAACGUGUCUGUUUGCUGUCUCGACGACGAUCCCUUUUUAAGAUGGAGUGAACCCGGAAUCGGUCGAUAUUUGUUUACGAUGAGUCUCGUGGGUGUGAUCGGGUUUACUGUUUUAUUAAUAAAGGAGUACGAAGUGUUGAAUAAGGUGCGCUACGCGGGGCGGGCGGCGCGCGCGGCGGGCGCGGCCGAGGACGCGGACGUGGCGGCCGAGCGGCGCCGCGUGCUCGAGCUGCCGCGCGAGCGCCUCGCCGCGCACAGCCUCGUGUGUCGCGACCUCACCAAGUACUACGGGGACUUCUGCGCCGUCGACAACCUCACCUUCGCGGUGCGUAAGGGCGAGUGUUUCGGGCUGCUGGGCAUCAACGGCGCCGGCAAGACGAGCACGUUCCGCAUGCUGACGGGCGACGCGCGCAUCAGCUGCGGGGACGCCUACGUGCACGGUCUGUCCAUCAAGACGCACAUCCAGGAAGUGCAUCGACACAUCGGGUAUUGCCCACAAUUCGAUGCGCUAAUAGAAAAUUUAACCGCCCGGGAGACACUAAAAAUUUUUUGUCUCCUACGCGGAAUCCCUGUGCGAGUUGGAUCAGCACGGGCCAUACAAUUAGCUGAAAUACUUGGUUUUAUAAAACACUACGAUAAAAAGGUACACGAAUGUAGUGGAGGUACUAAGAGGAAAAUAAGUACGGCCCUAGCGCUUCUGGGAGAUUCGCCCUUAGUAUUUCUCGAUGAACCUACGACAGGCAUGGACCCGGCGUCCAAGCGGCUGGUGUGGCGCUGCGUGAGCGAGGCGGCGUCGGGCGGGCGCAGCGUGGUGCUGACGUCACACAGCAUGGAGGAGUGCGAGGCGCUGUGCUCGCGCCUCACCGUCAUGGUCAACGGCCGCCUCUACUGCCUGGGCCCGCUGCAGCACCUCAAGAACAAGUUCUCGCAAGGUUAUACUUUAAUUAUUAAAUGUAAAGCGGGACCAGAUAGAGAUUCAAAUGUCGCAAGAAUAAAUCAGUACGUCCUCGAAAACUUUAGGGACGCUAAACUCAUAGAAUCUUACUUGGGUAUAAGUACAUACUACCUCGACGAUCGGAACCUUCCGUGGUGGAAUGUGUUCCAUCUAAUGGAGGCGGCUCGCAAUCUCUAUUCGAUGGAAGAUUAUUCGGUAUCGCAGACCACGCUCGAGCAAGUUUUCCUCCGCUUCACAAGGAUUCAAGGUCAAGUUGAUUGAAACUGCCAUUACUAAUUAGCUCUCAAACUUGCUUCUCACGUGUUUAAGCAGUAAGUUCUCAAUAGACUCAGUAUGUAACCGAGACAGUAUUCCUAUACUUGCCUUUCAAACUUCAAUAUUGAAACUCGAAAGUAAUAUGUGUGAUGUAUUUGUACUUAGCGAUUGAUUAAAUGAAUUCGAAUGUUCAGUAUUUUAUACGUGUAUUAAAUUUUUAGAUGUGUAUACGUAAGUGUUAACGUGUUGUUUAUACUGUGUACUGUACUGUAUUGUAACGUUACAUUAUAAGUGUGUGGACUAGCGUCGUUGCCAGCUAGUAUAUUUUUAUUAUAUUUUAGUACUUAAAGCAUUUCACUCAAACAACUAAACGAAUGUCUAGAAGACAAUCUUAGAAUACUCAUGGUGUUCAAAGUAUUGCAGCUUAUACGAUCGUUUCGAACUAGCGAGCUGCUUACUUUCUAAGACUGAAAGUGUAGAGUACCAAUAGAUCAAGGGAUAUGAACAAACUCUAUUUUAUUUAAUUCAAAUAUUUAUUCUAUCCUUGUAACUUCUAGCUUAGCUAGCUUCCUAUUGCAUAUUUAUAAACAGUAACAACCCGUUAAGUUCUGAAGGUCAAAGGCGUCGCCUCUUGUCUAGAAGAUAGUUUAAUUUACCCCACUGAUCCAAUGCGGGUUCAUAUGCCAUAUUUAUAUAACCGAUAUGAUUAUAUUAUACAUUGGUACUUGAUAACGUUUGUCGGACGAAAUAGCGGACAGUUCAAAGCAAUGCGAAAUAUUAUUCAUUUGUACUGCAUUAUCUUGAUCAUUUUUUUAUUGUUAUACGUGACCUUCAAAAACAUAACGUAUACCUUUACAAUGUUUAAAGCGAUUUAAGUUAGUCGAUUAAAAAGAAGUGUGUUAGGACGAAAUAAUAGUCUACAUAAAUGAAUUGCUUAUAUUUUUUGAAAAAUAAUUAUUAAUAUCCUAACAAUUAAACACGUAAUGCAAAAUAGUUUUGCCAAAUAUGUAUCACAAAAAAAAAAACACAUUUGUCCAAUGUUACUAUAAAAAAGUAAAAUUCUGCCUAAAAGUUGCCAGGAGAAGUAUUUCCACAACAGUAUUUUGUUGUGGAAAUACUUCAUGUUUAACUAGGUAAAUAAGUUGUAAGCUAAAAUGAGUUGUGACUUUCCUUUUAAUGAUAUCGUCUGUUUUCGUGACUUUCGAUUUACUAAAUUAUUUAGUUCAAUUUUUAAUUUAUUUAUUCGUUAUUUAAUAUACAUCUCUUCACUCAAGAAUACCCGCACGCCUCCACGUUGAAUUUAAUGGGCGUGGCUUGAUGAGUUACGUCCGUGCUUAAAAGAUGUCUUAGUGUGCGUGGGAUGACUAAUGCCUAAAUAAAUACAGAAAAAACAAAUUAGAUUAUAUUUGAUAACACACGCCGAUAUUUUAACGUGAAGGCGCGCGCCUUCGUAAGUGAAAAUCAUUGUAACUGUAAUGUACUUUUAUCUUUAGACGCGUUAAGUGGAAAACGAACGCAAAAUGGCAUUAAUUCGUAAUAUUUAUGCAUAAUAUUUUUUUCAAAUAAGAUAUAUUUUGUACCGUAUAAAAAUAUAUUAAAAAGAGACCAAUUAUUAUAUAUAUUUCUUAUACGUCUAACAUAUGAAAGCGAGUGUUUUCCCUCGAUGAGACUACAUAACGUGUCUAACGGUAGAAGAAGUGACUUGAUUGAUUAAAAUACUAAAAUAAUUAAGUUACUACUGUCAAGCUUAUAAUUAAUAUUUAUUUUUUUACUCCUCAUUUUUGUAGUAUUUUUGCUUUGAGCAAUGUUUUCUUUACCAAAGGUAUGCGUAAAAUAUUCAAAAUUUUUACCAACUUUUUAUUGUUAAUAUAUGUCGCUAUGAUAUGAAAUUGUAAAAUAUGUAUGUUAUUUAGACGUUUUUACAUAAAUGUACAAAACAAACACGAUGUUCUGUAGUCAUUGUAACUGUGUAAGCAUUAAAUAUGCUAUUUGUGAUAUCAUUUUGUGAUCCACUAUUUACAUUUAUACCGAUAAAAUUAAUUUUGGAAAAUACACUCCUAUAUUAAGAUGAAAUUUAUGUUCCUACGACUAUCAGUUCGGUCGAAUAUGUUGUUUUCAACAGUCAUAUAUUAUUUAUUUAUUAGACGAUUAUUUACAUAAAUUCAUUUUCUCAAAAUUUUAAUUCACAUUUGUAUCAAAUUUACUAAAAAGCUAUUUAUUGAUAAUAAUAAGAGAAACUUUAUUAAGGCUUUGAAUGUGUCGUCUAAUCUGUCAUGUUCUGUCGCGAUAUUUUGUAAUGAGUGUUCGCAUGUAUUACUUACGUAGGUUUACAAAUUUAUUUAAAUAAAUUUAAUAUCUUUUA